CAGAGCAGUAAAUAACAAUACACAGAGUGGUGCGAGUCGGAUUCUGACAGGGAGUCGGAUUUAGGCACAACAGGAACAAAAUGUCAAGAAAUCUAAGAAGAAACAAAAUGCGGGUCUAUGAACUGAUGGCUGUUUUCCUGAGAUGUCAUCUGAGGGCCACCGUAAUAGUGAUUGGCAAUACUAGUGAAUGUAUUUACAAUCAUAGCAGAAACAAACAAAACCAUACUAAAUCAGGAGUAAUCAAAGCACAACAGGAUCCCACAGGGCCUGGACCUGCCAUUUCUGGGCAGUUCCUUCAUGAAGGGCAUGAUGCUGGGGGCGCUCUUCUGCCUGCUCUUGUCCCUUCUGGGGACUCUAUUCACAGAGCCGACCGUGCUCCAUCAGCACCACCACGUCAGGGCCCCCAGCCAGGCGGACUGGCAGAGACAGCCAGAGGCCAUGAAGCAAGUGCUGAGUCAGAAACUGCAGGUAUACUGCUCCAUCAUGGUGCAGCCCAACAUCCGUCAGUUCUGGGCCACCGCCAAUGACACGUGGGCCAAGCACUGUGACAAGACUGUGUUCUACACCUCUGAGCCGGGCAUGUCUCUGGAGGCCGUGAACCUGCAGGAGAAGGAUGAGUGGCUCAGGGUACGCAAGGCCCUCAUACAUGCUUUCGAGAACGGCGGGAGCAUACGCUGGUUCUUCAUAGCGCGUGCCACCACAUUCGCCAUCAUUGAGAACCUCAAACGCCUCCUGCUGGACAAGGACUCCAGCCAGCCCUUCUACUUGGGCCGUGCGGUGAAGUCCGGACAGCUGGAGUACGUGCAGUACAACAGUGGGGUUGUGCUGAGCUACGAGGCCCUGCGGCAGCUGGUGCAGACUUUCCAGGACCCGCUCCGGUGUCCGGAGCGUGGCCACGGCCUGUGGAAGCUGAGCAUGGAGAAGGAGCUGGCGCUGUGCCUUAAGUAUGCAGGGGUGUACGCUGAGAACGGGGAGGACCUCCAGGGCACAAGUCUCUUCAACAGUCAGAGCAUCAGCGGCCUUAUCUCUCAAAGCCGGGCCAACCAAGAGCCUAUAGAAGUGGUGGAGAGCUGCUGCUCUGACCUGGCCAUCACCUUCACGGGCAUGUCGCCCACUCAGAUGCAGUUCACAAUGUUCGGUGUUUACAGACUGCGACCAUAUGGAUACAUAUUUCAUGACUCUUUGGUAUUCAAGCCUCCUGAGGGUUCAAAAAAUGAUUGAGUAUGAAAGUGACUUGUUAAACCCAAACAAAUAUGAAUCCUAAUCUGUCAUGUGUAUACACACACACUCACAAAAAAAUACAAACCAAGUCACUACUGAGUCACUACACUACAAGUGACGACAAAAUCACUACUGAGCAACCUGAAUUUAUUUUCCGCAACCAAUUUUUUUCCCCACAGAUUAUUGAUCUGUGUUCACUAUCAUGUUAUCUAAUUUAAGGAGCACUUGCCUUCAGUGGGAUGGACAGGGAACACAGACUGAGCCUUUUUGUUACUUGUUCAUGAAUAGCCCUUUGUAUCUGGGAUUUGAAGUCCCUCCAUGCUUGUGCUUUAACAAUAAUUCCAUCUGAAAGAUACUGAAAGACAAACACACCUGUCCCAUACCUUUAACUGCCUCUGCUCAGUUAACUGUCUUUGUUUGCUGAUGUUCAUGGAAUCUGGGGUUUUUACAGAAUAGUAAACAGAAUUUCCUCAGUGACACAGGAAGGGUAUUAUUUAAGGUGACAGGACUACUGUAUAUACAAAGUAAUUGUUUUAGAUUGUUGUAUAGAUAUACAUUUUAUCUGUUGAAUGUGGGCACAAAUGGAAAAAAAUAUUAUGACUCAUUUAUUUUUUAGGAACAUAUACAAAUUAUUACAAAAUAAUUGUUACUCAUACAAUCAGUUUUGUUUGUAUUAGUUAGGUAAGGGAAUAAUGGCAGUGUCCUACCUGGGAAUUAAACCUAUGACCUUUAUGUUACAAGUACAGUUCCAAAGCAUUAUGAUACACUCCCUGCCUGUUAGCUUGACAUUGAUGUGCAUCCCAGUAUUGUACUGAAGAUAAGUUUCUGAAUGAUUACUAAAGUUUGAUUGUUACCAAA